GCCUAGUCGAGUCACCAUAUACCGCCUAUGCCCCCCAUCGCAGCCAUUGAAACAGGUGGCGGUCCACUGAAUAUUACGUAGGUGACACAAGCUUUUUUUUGUUUGGUGUUGCCGUCCCGAUGAAUGGUCCAUGAUAGAUUACGGCGAAGAUGCUCCCUCCCAUAAAACCCAAUUCCACCCCUAGAGCAUCAAUGCCGGCGGCAUUUUCUCUUCUUUCUCCUCCUUCAAGGCUAGACUAGACAGUGGUUGCAUUCUCUCUCGUUUCCUCCGACAAGAGCGCCUCUAGAAAGAAGUAUUAGCUUCCUUGGCACCUGUUCUGUCGCUUCGAACAGCCUUCGCCUCAUCUUCCUCUACUCUCCCGCCUGGCGCCAACUCCAUAUUUCCAUUUCGAUUCACUCUCACUUCUUCUCGACGUAACAAGUCCACUUAUUUCUUCGCCAAGAAAGCCGUCUCAGCAUAUUGUUGCAUAUAUUACUGUCCUUCGAACCCCUCCUCUACCUCCUCGACGAAGCCGAGUCAAUUCGAUCUCGUACAUCCUAGACCCUAAGCACUCUGUCAUUGUUCUCGAACCCAAACUUUCCGAGUUCAAUACAGUCAAGAUAAGCUCCUUGGAGCACCCUUCGAAGUACAUAUUAGUGUUGGUUUAUUUACACAACUCGUUCCACAUCUACCAUCAUAACCAUGUCUGAAAAAGAAGCAUCUCCCACGGGAGAUCGUCGGCUCCUCCUUAUUUCCAACCGUCUACCCAUAACGAUAAAACGGAAGGAUGAAGGCCAAUAUGAUUUUUCAAUGUCCUCCGGUGGCCUUGUGGCGGGCCUAAGUGGCCUGAGCAAGACGACGAGCUUUCAAUGGUAUGGCUGGCCAGGUAUGGAGGUUCCUGAAGGCGAGAUAUCCACCGUUACCCAGCAGUUGAAGGACGAAUACGGCGCCCACCCCAUAUUUGUCGACGGCGAGCUCGCCGACCGACACUACAAUGGAUUCAGCAACGAAAUCUUAUGGCCGUUAUUCCAUUACCACCCCGGUGAAAUUACCUUUGACGAAAGUGCGUGGACCGCCUAUAAGGAAGUAAACAGGUUAUUUGCGCAGACCGUGUUGAAGGAUGUGAGAGAUGGCGACAUAAUCUGGGUUCACGAUUAUCAUUUGAUGCUACUUCCCGCAUUGUUACGAAAAGGCCUCAAUGGCAAGAAAGAUAUCAAGAUUGGAUUCUUCCUCCACACCCCAUUCCCGAGUAGCGAGGUGUACCGUAUCUUGCCGGUGCGCGAAGCUCUGCUUAAGGGAUUAUUACAAUGUGAUCUCAUCGGGUUCCACACCUACGACUACGCCAGGCAUUUCCUCAGCGCUUGCUCGCGAAUCCUUGACACGAAAACGACACCCAACGGUGUCGAAUAUGAUGGAAAAUUCGUCACCGUAGCCGCCUUCCCAAUUGGUAUAGACCCAGAGAAAUUCGUUGAAGGCUUGAAAAAGCCUAAAGUCCAGGAGCGCAUAGCGGCGCUGACGCGCAAAUUCGAGGGUGUUAAGCUCAUAGUUGGUGUAGACAGACUCGACUACAUCAAAGGUGUACCUCAAAAACUUCAUGCCCUUGAGGUUUUCCUAACAGAGCACCCCGAAUGGAUCGGAAAGGUCGUGCUAGUACAGGUUGCCGUGCCUUCACGGCAGGAUGUAGAGGAAUAUCAAAACCUCCGCGCCGUUGUCAACGAGUUAGUGGGAAGGAUCAACGGCAAAUUCGGCACAGUCGAAUUCAUGCCCAUCCAUUUCCUCCAUCAGAGCGUCAACUUCGACGAACUUUGCGCCCUAUACGCAGUUUCCGAUGUCUGUUUAGUCAGCUCGACCCGAGAUGGCAUGAACCUCGUCUCCUAUGAAUACAUCGCGACACAGCGCCAGCGCCACGGCGUAAUGAUUCUCUCGGAAUUCACCGGCGCAGCGCAAUCGCUCAACGGCAGUCUCAUCGUCAACCCCUGGAACAUCGAAGAACUCGCGAACUCCAUCCACGACGCCGUCACCAUGUCCCCCGAAAUGCGAGAGGUCAACUAUCGCAAACUGGAGCGAUACGUAUUCAAAUACACCUCGGCAUGGUGGGGACAGAGCUUCGUCACCGAAUUGACCCGCGUCAAUGCCGAGGCGCAGAACGGCAUCGACACAAAAGCCCAUGUGGAAAAGAGACCACAGAUCCUCGAGGAUAUCGGACAUUCGCUGAGUGGCGUCUUCGAGAGCGUCAAGAUUGCUGCUAGUGCUGCUACGCCAUCGGGUCAUGCUGCUCAUAAGCUGGGCAUGGUGAAGGAGAACUAGUUAGUUGUUUUGGAAGGUAUUGAAAAUGAAAGAGGAAAGGGACUCCAGUCAGUCUGUCAGUCAGUCAGUUAUUCUUUGUAAAGCAUUACUGGCGAAAAUGUUAUUAUCAUGGCUGGGAGGGCGGGAUAUUUGAGGGAGGUCGGGAGGUCGGUUAUCGAAGAACCCUGCAUAAGUAGUUAAACUACUCAAAUCAAUAUAGAGCCGGCGUCGUUUUUUGUUUUUGGUUGGUCGGUUCGUGGGUGCUAGAUGUUUAUAGCUCGUUGAAUUAUUAAAAGAUAUACUUUUCGAA